AUGAAAGGUUUUGUUGUAGCUUUACUCAUCUUUUCCUUAGCUUGCUCUUUUGCCUCUGCCUAUGACCCUGACCCUCUUCAGGAUAUCUGUGUGGCAAUAGAUGAUCCCUUAAAUGGAGUAUUUGUGAAUGGAAGGUUCUGUAAAAGCCCUAAUAUUACAGUAGCCGACGACUUUUUCUUUUCUGGACUCCACAUUCCAAGAAAUACAGAUAAUCGAAACGGAGUGAAUGCUACAGUCCUAAAUGUUGAUCAAAUACCGGGACUCAACACGCUCGGUAUCACUCUAACUCGUGUUGAUUAUGCACCAAACGGUGGCGUAAACCCUCCACACAUUCACCCACGAGCAACAGAGAUAACUGUCGUCAUCAAAGGAAUCCUUUAUGUUGGGUUCGUGACGACAACUCCUAGUCAGUUGUUCUGGAAAGUACUACACCGUGGUGAUGUUUUCGUGUUUCCGAAAAGUUUGAUUCACUUUCAAUUAAAUAUUGCAAAUACUAAUGCAGUCGCUAUUACCGCUUUGAAUAGCCAGAAUCCUGGUAUUAUAUUUAUUGCUGAUGCACUCUUUGGACCUACUGGUGGACCUAUAGAUCCUGAUGUUCUUGCUAAAGCAUUCCAGUUAGACAGGAGUGUAAUUGAACAACUUCAGAGUGUAUUUGGUGGCGCCCGUUAAUUUCAAGGAAGAAACGUAUUCAACGAACUAGAUCGAUCUAUAUAUACUCGAAUAAUGAAUCAACAUUCUCAUCAGCUUCAGUAUUAUGGUGUAUAAACAAUAAAUAUAUGUUUGCAAGGGC